AGAAAAAAUGCUGUAUAAAAGAUAAACUAUUAGUCAACAUUAAUCAUUUAUCAUCAACACCGGAAAUAAGGUGGAAGAAGAACACAUCAAUCCAUGACAGAGCACAAUGUUCACACUCUUAUCCAUUUUACACCUAGAGGCAUUUUAACACAGUCAGGUUUUUUUUUUUACCAACAGUUUGUGGACAGUGUGAGGAAACCCACACAAUGUGGAAAUAAUUUAAAGGAAACACACAUGCACACAAAGAGACUUUGCAAGAAACUCUGCACAAGCAAGACCCUGAGCUCAGUAUUGAACUGAGGCCCCCAGAGAUGUUAGGCAGCAGCACUUUUUUCUUCUAUUUGCACAGACUAGGGUUCCACAGAGACUAAUGUGCUACGCCUGAGCAGACAUGUUAAGGAUUGUUAACAAGGUAGUUACUUGCACACAAUUGCACCUGCUGUUGUAAGGAGUGCUUGGCUGUACAGCAUCAUCCUGCCCUAACAUGUUCUGUGAUGUUUUAUAAAGGGAGUCAUUCUCACUAAACAGUGCCUCUGCAGUGCAGUCAAGGUUAGUGUUUUAGUAUGUGCUGUGUGUACAAAAACACAGUACACGUGUUCAUACCGGAGAACGACAGGCUAUCCAUAUGUGUAGGUAAAAAAGGCAAAGGAAGAGUGAUGGGGAAAGAGCAAUGAAUUUAUUGAGCAUGCUAGUUGUGAUUAUAAAAGUUUUCGAGUCAGCAGCCCCACCGUUCUCUAAACCCCCCCACCCUGCUUCUCCACCACCUCCAACACCACCACCCCCAAACCUUGUCAGCAGCAGCCGGGGUUGUCUCUAUGCUGCAUUUCUCCACCGUGUCUCCUACCUCCCUCCUUCCUGAUGCUCACUGUUCAUUUCUUUCACAUUCCAAGAGCUCAGAUGCUGCUGGGAUGAGCAGCAUGCAGCAUUUAAGGUUUGAGCCAUCAGAGGCUUGCUCACUACCACAGCACUGCCAUGUCAGGAGGAGAGCCCGACUACGGACAUGAGUGAGAAAGAAAAACCACCUAUUAGCUCAUUAAUGUUUAGUGUAGGCGAGAAGGGAAAAAGGGAGGGAAAAAACUGAGCCUGAUAGAGGGGGUGAUAUAGAGAGCGCACAGAAGAGUGAGAGACAGGGAAAAGGAGAUUGUAUGUGGGUGAGAAAGGACUAACCUGCCAUGCAGAGUAGCAGAAAAAAGAAAAAGACAGUGACUGAAAUUAUCCACUGCUGCUCUACAUAAGGGGAGAGCUAGGAAGAAUCGGCAGGAGUAUGCAAAAGAAAGAAGGGGAAAUGACAGAAAAUUAAUGGAAAAGAUAAGGACAGCUCACACAAUGUCUGCAUCUAUGCUGACAUGCCUGCUCCUCCUGAUGCUAUGUGCAGUAUCUGUGCUGGCUGUCUGUCCCUCAGUGUGUUCCUGUGGCAGGGGGCAUCGAGUGGUGGACUGUUCUGGCCGAGGUCUUAAACUGCUACCCAACAGCCUGCAGCACAACAUUCAUUUCCUCAACUUGUCCCACAACCGGCUACAAGACCUAGAUGGCGUCCUCAGCCACUUUGCUCAUCUAAGAACUCUGGAUAUCUCCUACAACCAUCUUAACCACCUUCCGGCCGGCCUGCCGCGAGCACUGUGGGACAUCCAUGCAUCAACCAACCGAAUUCACCAACUCAAGAAAAAUGACACUGCUUACCACUGGAACCUGCAGUCAUUAGAUUUAUCAAACAACCAGUUGGAGCGCGUUGUCUUCAUUAACAACACGCUACCUAGCCUGAGAGCACUCAACCUAAGCCACAACAAAUUCUGGACUGUGCCAACCAACAUGCCCUAUAAUUUGGAGAUGGUGGACCUCUCCCACAACUUUUUGCUACAGAUUCUGCCUGGCUCACUAGCCCGCCUUCCCAGGCUGUCCCAAUUCUAUCUGCAUGCUAAUCGCUUUACUUCCUUGAGUGAGGGUGUGUUCAAUCAACUGGAAGCUUUGCAGCUUCUUACACUUGGGGAUAACCCUUGGGCCUGUGAAGACGAAGAAAACAUCACACAUUUACUGAACUGGGUGCAGCAGACACCAGCAAAAAUACUGGGCUGCCCCUGCUACAUUAGGCCUACAUGUGGGGAAGCCCAUCUGUCCACCACGAGAACCCGGCACUCGGCUUCGUACACUGAGCCUCCGCUGGGUGCCGACGCACGUGAUCAACAUGUGCACGCCGUCACUUCAGGAUAUCAGUCCAAAUCAGCAUUGGUCAACUUUCCAAACAAUUGGAGUACUGAGAAUUACUCUGAGGCAUCUGAGCAGGUAAUUACAAAGGGUGUGGGACCUCUCCCGUCAACCACAAACAGGCUCUCGACCCAGACAAGCACAACAAUACGCACACGGAGCACCAAAAAGGCAUUACCUGGGAGAGUUCGCAGCACAAGCAUCCAAAUUCAUCCCUGCAAACAUCACACUGUCGCAUUAAACCUUUUGGGCACAGCAAUCAUUCUGAGUACCUUCUGAUUCUGCAUCAAGCUGGAAUAACUUCUGAGCAAGAAGUUGCAAUUGGUCUGGAUUCAAAACAAAACCACACCUUUAUGGAUGUGCAAGCAGGGUCAAAAGGAGGUUCCUGACUUCUUAGCUUUUCACUAUACAGUUGGACUAUCCUUGACUUGGAAUACUCUAUAGUACAGGUGUGCUGAUCUGAGAAAUGAAUCUUAGGAAACACCUGUAAAUGAGCAAGAAAAAAAAAAAGAAAGAAAUUUGAACCACAUUUGGCAUUUCUGAUUAUAACCAUAAUCCAACAUCUAACCUAAAGAAACCAUGAAAAUAUUUCUUCUAAAUGAUGUGGAAUGUAGAAACCUUAAGUACAGUAUAUUUCACGAAAUAAUCUGAUUUGCCUUUUCUAGGUUACCUUUCUGCAAAGAUCAGAUAGAUGAGGAGCAAGUUUAACAAAGGCAGUCAUACAAACAGUUAUUCUGCCUGAUUGUGCUACAGCCUUGCUAGCCAAGUGUGAUUUCCUGGCAGACUGUAACCAAGUUGUUGGAUAGCUACGUGCUAUGACAGGGCAGCUGCAAACGGAUACUGACUCAAAAGAUUUACCCCAAAUGUCAAAUGGGAGAAAACUGCAUCAAAGAUUUCUUUCACUGCAGUGGGAGGGGACACUCUUGUACAGUUUCCUCCCUUUUGACAUUUGGAAGUACGCAGACUUAAUGUGGCAGAGAUAUAUCCUGAAUAACAGUUCAGGAAAGGCUAUAGUUCUCAGAACUGCCUGUAAAGGAAAAAGGGGAAAUGCCUACAGGUAAAGUGAUUUCCCAAGCCACCACACAUAUAUAUUCUGUCUGAUUCAAACAAUUUGACCAGUAUUCUCUAUAUUCAGUAUGUAUGCCAUGCAUAGUUAACUUGACAAACAAAUGUAAAUGCACACAAAUAACAUUUAAAAACAUGAAAAAGAUGAACUUUCCUUUAUUAUGCUCGUCCACAGAAACAGUGUAAAAUUCAAAACAUUUGGAAUGCAAUCUACUGUGAUUUUCAUUUUGGAUAACUUUCAAGGUUAUACAUGACAUGCCAGGAAGCCACAUUCUGCGGUCAUUGUAUGUUGACAUUAAUCAUUAUGUUAUACUAAGACCAUGGUAGCAAGAGGUACUUGACUAAAAUGAGAAAUAAAAUCUAUCAUGGAAACAAAAUCAGCAAACAGAUGAUCAUAUAAAUGACUGCUGCAUGUGCUGUGCUUGCACAAUUUCUAAACGGAUGUGAACAGGCUUAAAAUCCAGAGCCUACAUGGGACUUCACACGGUUAUUUAACUCUGUCCUGCCAUUUUCUCUAGGUGCUUCUACUUAAUGAUGGCAAUUGGGUGAAAACUUUUAAAGCAUCAUAAAGAUCACACAGGCAUUUAGUACUAGGGAAUGAGGCUGUAAUCAUUGAGCAGUGUUUAUGGAUGAAGUGACAAUCCUCUCAUGACACACACACAAAAAAAAAGAUUUUCUUUUUUCAUUAAAAAUAUUUUACAGUAGCAGGUAUAGAAUGAUUUCUACAGAGCAUGAAUAGGUGUUAAUAUGAAGGUUAGCACAUUCACACUUUACAAAAAAAAGUCUACGAUUUGCAUUUAGCCAUUUAUUAUUUAUAUAAAUAUAAAAUAAGGGGUGUUCAAAUCAAAUCAGGACUUUUGAUUGUGCAAACUAACAGAAAACAGUUACGAGAUUCUGUAUCCCAGCAUUUCACUAGCGCUUGGAGAUCAUCAAACUUCCUGCUUUACAUCAUCAUGACUGCUGAAAUAGUGGCCUACCGGGAUCUCCUUUAUUUUACCGGGAGGUCCUUAAAGCACAGUCAGGAAUAUAUAUGUGAUAUAGCAAUAAUUCCCAGUUAAGUUGUAAUGUGCAAGUGGUACAGUGGCCAGUAUGAGGUCAUGCAAAACAAAACAACUUUAGUGAACAAACCAGGUCGUUUUUUUGUCAUUAAAGGAAAGGGCAAUUUAAAGGAGUUCCUGGUAGACCACAAUCUCAGCAAGGGUGAUGUAAAGCAGGCACUAGUGCAAUAUCACAGCAAGAUGGUUAUUUAUGGCAAAAUAAAAAAUAAUAUUUACUCUCAUAACCGUGUUUAGCACAUUUAAAAAAAACCCAGUUUGCAUUAAACACCCCUUGUAGAUCAAGACUGUUAAAAGAACAAUUCUUAACUGGCAAAUAUGAUCAUUUUAAUAAUGUACUCAGACAAUUGCAUCUGUCCACUAAAAGUGUGAGCAUUGCAUGUAUGCACUCAAUUCAGUCUAUGAGUAAUGAACAACAAACCCUGUGCUUAACGUUAUUGAGCUUUAAAUGGCUUUCAGAUGGUUGUUUGGAUAAAACAAUGUGUACAUACUGCAGUGAUGACCUGUUAUCACUAUUGCACAACAUGUUUGAAAAAAAAUAUUAGUGCUGUGUACGUCUUGAAAAACUAUUUGCUGUACAAAAUAAAUUCAGAAAAAGGUAAUGAAACUGAGUGCAAAGAUUCUAUUAUAAAAUGUACAGG